GCCAUAUCACAACCACCCCCCCCCCUGCGACGACUACCUACGCUGUAGCGGACACUACAGCUACAAGCAGCAGCAACACAUGGCAAAACAUACACAGGAAGGGGGGGAAGAUACAAAAUACAAAAGAAUGGAGUAGAAAACCAAGAUAUGUAUGUAAUAACAGACGGACCCAAGAUGAAGGUAAAUUGACCUCUCCUGGGGUUUUAUGGAACCCUGGCCAAGUCAAAAGCCCACUUAUUAUACUACUCACUCACUCGUCCGCCCAACCCGUUUGGAUGCGUGAGGGUUUUCAAGGCGUCGAUGUGCUGCCACCAAGCCCUACGCUGUAACUACUACCACUUC